AUGGAGUUGGUACUCUUUCUCCAGUCCGCUGCCUUAGUUGUGACUGUCCAUGCAACUCAAUUUGACGAGAUGAGCCCCUUCCAAGUACCGAUACGAGAUGUUCAAGUAUUACCAGACAUACCGAACUCAUUUAUGAAAGGGAUCGCAGCAACUGUAGGUGAACCGCCUCAAAAUAUAGUGCUCCUUCCCUGGCCGGAGCUCAAUAACACUUGGAUUUACGACCAAGCAUUUUGUAAUAGGGGAUGUAUUGAUAAUAGUCGCUGUUGCCAAGCGCGCCGUGGUAAUUACUAUAUCGAGAGCAAGUCGACUACUUGGGUGAACACAACGAAUAUCACUGUUGCUGGUGGAGCGUCCACAGAGACCGAAAGCCAAGCAGAUACCACUAUUAGUAAACUUAUCACAUCGAGUUUUGGCGGAACAGAUACAUUUACGCUUAAUACAACCAGCGAUCUUGCGGACUUUCCGGUAGGUGUACCGACAGUGAAAUGGGACGAUGGUCCCAUAAUGCUUCAUGCUAUGGGAAUGGGGACGAACUCUACGAUUCUAAACGCCUUGUUUAAGGCAGGACGCAUAGGAUCUCGGGUAUGGUCUAUAUUCUGGGGUCGCAUGUGGGUAGAUGACGAUGAUGCCAUCGAUGGUUCCGUUGUAUUCGGCGGUUACGACGAACAAAAGACUAUCGGAAGAGGAUAUACACAGCCUCUCGAUUUUAGUGAAGAUUCUGGUUGUUGGACUGGUAUGAAGGUUCUCAUCUCAAAAAUUGCACUUCAAGAUAUGAACGCGAAUCUUCUUGAGCCAAGUGUCCAGCUUACGGCAUGCAUCGUACCACAGCACCAACUAUUGCUCAAUGGCCCAUCAUCUAUAAUCAGUAACUUUGAACUCACUACGGGCAUGAAAAUAAACAACUUCUCUUGGGGGUUGCAUGGGGGUGCGUACCGAUACAACACAUCAGCAUUAUUUGAUAGUGAUCUAACCAUUUCACUUUCUAUUGGUUUGGAUAUCUACAUCCCUAGUAGCCAGUAUCUGGUACCGCUCGUUGAUAUCGAUAAUAACGGUUCUCGGGUUGUCGAUAAAUCCCAGCAGGAGCUCUUGAUCGGCGUUGUACAUGAUUCCGUCACUACGCUCGGCCGUUACUUCCUUACUGCUGCAUAUUUGAUGGUAGAUCUGGACGCCAAUACGUUCACUUUAUGGCAGGCCAAGCCUACGUCAGACAGCAAGCUCGUAAGCCGAUACGGGAAUACAGCGAUCCUAAAUGCAGGCGAAUCGUCAAGGCUUUCUACAGGUUCCCUUGCAGGCGUGGUCGUCGGUGCAGUCGCAGGGGUUGCGAUCCUAGGCCUAGGUAUAUUAUUCUGCUUUCGUCGGAUCCACCGCCCGCCUCGGGGCAGUCAGACAGCGAUGGAGCCUCCGAACCCAACCCAUGAAGCAAAUCAGCUCUCCGAACUUCCGGUGUUAGAUACCACCAAGUCAUCACCCACACCAAAGCAUGAGCUUCAUGGGUCACCCGCUGCCGUAUCCGAAAUGAGUGGGCAAACCCACCACCAUACGUAUGAGAUGGAUGGAGGUACCCUUCUAUUAGGGUAG